AUGACCGAAGCUGAUAUAGGGAUGAGCCGUAAUAUAGUUAGGCUCACUCUUCUUCUUCGACUUCUUGUUGACGAUGAUCCACCACCCGUACCCAUCGCCCUGGGAAGCAUGAUUCUUCACCAACUUGGAAGCGCAUCUUUUGACUGCUCCCUCUCACAAACCGCACUUCUUCUCUUCUUCUCCAUCUCCUUCUUCACUUCUUGUAUCUGCGUGACUGCUUCCCUCUCGCAAUUCUCUCAACUCCACCGGCAAAUACCUCGACGAGAAGAACAACCACUACGCACCUCCUCACCGCCAAAUAUAAUCUACAUCCCCUUGAGUUUGUCUCCUCUGCCAAGCAAGAGACUUCAAUCCUGUUGGGGGAGAAUUGUUUUGAAGUUCGUGGGGGGUAAAUGCCAGCAACAUGAAGUUGCUCAUGAAGGUGAGACAGGAAAGGUUUCCCGAGCAAACUUUCGUGAUCGCGAAGGAAGAACUGUCCUUAUAAUGAGGCCUAGGAAGCAGAACACCACAUCUGGAGAAGGUAAUGUCCGUCACUUAGUCUAUUUGUUAGAGAAUGCCAUCCUCAACCUGCCCGAGGGCCAAGAAUAGAUGGUGUGGCUGAUAGAUUAUACAGGCUUUUCAAUGAGCACUAGUUUAUCAGUCAGAACAUCCCGAGAUAUUAUCAAGAUUUUGCAGAAAAGACUUGGACUAGCAGUUCUUUACAACCCACCAAGGAUCUUUCAGGCAUUUUGGAGGGCUGUACCUUGUCGUGUAAUGAUGGUUCAGAAGAUAGAUACGAUGGAUGCAUUAUAGAUGUUCAUGCACCAGACGCCAUAAGAAUACUAGCUGGCCCGGGUUGUUUUUUUUGACGAAAAUGCAGCUGGAAGUGUGAAAAGUGUGGCAAUAUAAACUACCCAUUCAAGACUAGGUGCAAUAGGAAAAAUUGUGGAGCUGAUAAGCCAGCUGAGGAAAAUAAAUCAUAUUCUCCAGUAGCUGAUGGAAAUGAGCAAGUGUCUAAUCUGAUGCACAUUUGUGUCAUAUGGGUUGAUAUUCUCAUUACUCUUA